AUGUCUUCUCCACUCCCAUCAGGCGCACCACCAUCAUACACAUCCACCCUCCCCUCCAUAACCCCCAUCGACCCAACCUACCGGACCCAUUCAACCAUUUCCCUCGUCCUCCACGCCCUCCUUUCCGCAAUCAUCCUCAACUCUCCCCUCCCCUCUUCACCCCUAUUCUACCGCGUAAUCGCAACAUGGGCUUGUACACUCGUCACAUUCAACCUUCUCACAUCUCGCUACAUCACUCUCGAACGGGCUUGUGCCUUGCGCCUGGUUCUAAACAAACCCGAAUUCGAUGCAACUCUCGCUAAUCGAACUGUGCUCAGCCAGGGAGGCAUGUCUACUAUCUAUAGAAUCCUCGUUGCGACCUCGCUGCUUUCGAACCUUCCACAGGUGUAUUUAGGAUUGACGAAGGGUGGUGGGGCGGAGUGGGUGAGGAAGGUCGAAGGUGUGGGAUGGUGGUUUGCAGUGGUCAAUGUUGUGGUUUGCGGUGUUUGCUGGUGGAUGGUGUUGACUCAGGAGAGGAUGAAGGUGGAGUUUGAUCAGAAAGAGAGGUUGAGGGACGAAGACAUUCCGUUAAAAAGGUGGGAAAGGGGGGAGGAAGGAGAGUGGAAGAGGGUCGCUGGUACUAGUAGAAGGCACGAUAUCUGGGUCAGGCUUUUGUCGAAGAAUGCUGCGGUGGAUACUUUUGAGAUGGUCACUCGUUUAGCUACUAAUCACCCGCUCUAUAGCCCCGAGAAGGAGAAGGAAGCGAGGGGCCAGGUCUUACGCAUUAAUCUGCCCUAG